AUGGCUAGUGUAACUUAAUCGACCGAUAACUCAUCUACAUCACCUUAUGGCUUUGUUCCUCAGACAAAGGAAAAGGAAUCUAUUACCUUCAAUCUCAGUUGGAAGGCAUUGUUAAGAAAAAAAAAUUAGACUAAACGCCCCAUUUUCAAAACUGCUCCAAGACUAACAGAAUCAAAAAAGUCAAAGAAUAUCCCUAAAAAUGUUUCCAAAGCCAUCAUUCAAUAGAUUCUGAAUAAAAAUGUCAUGAAUCAGAUAACGGAUCAUGAUGAGUUCCUCAAAUUCAUCAAUAGACAUAAAAAAAUCUAAAAUCUAGCUAAUCUCAUCAAAAUAACAAGACCUCAUAAGAUAGCAAAACUAAAUAAAUUAUAGCAAUAAUUUAGAUAGAUCUGGUAUAUUAAUCCUUUAAAUUUUUAGUUGGAAUUUUCUAAAAAAGGAAUACAUACCUUACGUAUUCAAUUCCAAAAUCAAAAACCCAGAAGGUCAUUUGAAAUAUAGAAUUCAGUUUAUGAAAGUAUUUGCCGAAUAAUAAUGA